UUUUUUUUCCCCCAAUGUAGUCUAUAUGUGGUUUUGAAUGAAAACUACAGAAUGCGCUGAUUUUUUUUUAGGUCAACAAUUUCAUUUCCCCUUUGCUCAAACAGUGUAGACCUAAGUCAUGUGGCUGUUGCGUUAUGCUGUCGCGCUUUCGCAGAGUGAGGGGUAAUCGAGAAGACUAAAUUAUCUGUAUCAAACGAGCAGUCACAACACUGCGUACUAUGUGACAUUUUGUAUCUCUGCAGGAAAUGUAGGGGGGGGGGGGGUGUUCGCAAACAGUCCAAAUGACAUGAAUUCGGACUGAAGUGGGACAGUUAUACAUAGACAUGGCCGAUCGGGAUGGGAAUAAGAAAGUCCUCUUGGAUUUGGCAAAACAGCCUCACAACAACCGCUGCGCAGACUGCGGAGCUCCGGAGCCUGACUGGGCGUCCUAUAAAUUAGGCAUCUUUGUAUGUCUCAACUGCUCUGGGACUCACCGCAACCUACCUGCAAUCAGCCGCAUUAAGUCAAUACGCUUAGACUACUGGAAUGAUGACCUGGUGGAGUUCAUGAAAGUCAACGGUAAUGCUGCAGCCAAGGCUAUUUAUGAAAGAGCUAUUCCAGCCUUCUACUACAGACCACAAGAACAUGACUGUGUGGUUCUGAGGGAUCAGUGGAUAAGAGCCAAGUAUGAGAGGCAGGAAUUCACGGGGGAGAACUCCUGCCUUCAACAGGCCUACUGCUCAGGCUUCUAUGAAGGCACUCUGUGGAAGAAGGGAAAGGACAACAAGCAGUUCUUGAAAAGGAAAUUUAUUCUGUCGGAGAAGGAUUUCACCCUCAAAUACUUCACCAGAGAUGAUGCGUCCAAGGGCCCCAAGGCUGUUAUCGCUGUGAAGGACCUGAAUGCUGUUUUCCACCCAGAGAAGAUAGGCCACCUGCAUGGGCUGCAGAUCACAUACCUGCAAGACGAACACACCAGGAACCUGUUCGUGUACCAUGACAGUGGUCAGGAGAUCGUUACCUGGUUCAAUGCAAUCCGGGCUGUCCGGUUGUCCUAUUUGAAGACGGCCUUCCCCACAGCUACUGCCAAUGAACUAAUACCCUGGAUAAGUAAAUGUUACUUAAAAGAAGGCUAUAUGGAAAAAACAGGUCCAAUGCAACGGGAACUGUUCAAAAAGAGGUGGUUCAUCCUGAAUUCAAAUGAUAGGAAACUGCUCUACUUCAAAACACCACUGGAUGCUGUGGAGCUCGGGACAGUCUUCAUAGGCACAGAGAGCCUCGGUUACUCAGUGAGGGAGAGCCAGCCUCGAGGGGCGAGGGGGAACAAGUGGAGGUGUGGCGUGACGUUGGAGACGCCGGACCGUCAGUUCGUCUUCAUGUGUGAGAACGAGCUCAGCCAGAGGGAGUGGGUGGAGGCCUUCAGGGUGGUCAUGGCCCAGCCCAUGACUCCUCAGCACUACAACACUGAGGCCAAUAUGAACAGGAGGAAAUAACAGCAGAAAUAAAAAAAAGACAAGAAGCAGAAUAAAAAGAUGGAAGAAAGGGGGAGAACAAGAAAAAGACCUACUCUCUUCAGUACUUACUCACUCCCAGAAAGCUCCCUGCUCUGGUGCAGAGGACACACAGGAUUUGGAGGAAUCAUAUUUCGGACACACUAUGAACUGGUAACGUGAACUUUCUCAUGUCGGGAGACAAGCUACUACACUGACACAAAUUGGUACUUUCACUUUCAGUAGUAUACAUACUGUCCCACUUCAUCUUGUGGUUUUAAGUGUGUCAGCUUGGCCAAACCUACAGCUGACGUUUCCAUAAAUUCACAUGUGGAUCGCCAUUGAUGCACUGUUGGAAAAUAGUUUUGGGAUGUUUAGCGUCAUAGACAAAAGAACAGGCCUACACAAUGUCCCCUGUCUAUACACAAGAGUAUCAUGAUCUUAAAAUAAAUUCCAUUGAUAUGAGCAUAUCCAUUCAUAUAUACUGAAGGGUAUUAUACACUGGAAUAUGCUCAGAUUUGCCAAAGAUCAGGUGUGUGAGGAAGAUUCACUUAGAUUGACAGAUUUGUCAGUGCUAUACUUUCUCUUUCAUUGAGGAAACUUGUUUUUUAGUUUCGCACCUAAUACGAUAUGUGUACAUUAUGUUCAAAUUGGUUUCAGUGGAGGAUUUUUUGUCUAUAUAUGCCUAUAAAAUGCCAGGUAGUAUUAUGAAAUCAAAUCAGUUACUCUCCAAUGCAGUAUUAAAAUGGGAGAGUUUUGACAGUGCAUCAGAGUAUUUUUAUCUGUACUUUUUGGAGUGUGGUAAGGAUGUUACUUGAAAUAUUUUUUUAAAUACUGUUUUUGUUCAUGUGCUUAUACAAUACAUGUGUGUUUGGCAUUAAAACUAGAUUUUACAUUUUUA